CUUUGGUUACAGUAAAUAGAUUCUUUGAUCGCCAGGUCUAGAGUUUAAAUUGAAUGUUUAAUUUUAUUUAAAAAUAUUCGUAUCUUAACAUUUUUAAGGAGAUCACUUACUUGUGGCAAGUCAAUAAAUUCGACACAAACAAUCAAACACUAAUUACGUAAGUACUGUCUAAAACAAAUGUCGGAAUGCAAUAUAAACAAAACAUCAAAUUACCGACCUAAGACGUUUUCCCUGUGAGAUAACUGUUGAACUUGGACCUGAGAACGAAAAAUUGUAAAGCCGAGUGGCGAGUUUAAGUAAUAUAGUUAGAGUGUCCAGCUAUGCGGGAAUUUGGUAAAUUUGGCCCAUUAAUUGGAGCAAUUGACGAAGGAACAUCCAACGUAAAGUUUUUGGUGUUUGCAGCAAACACUUCAGAAGUAUUGACUUACCACCAGAUAAUUCUUAAAAGGUUCAGCCCACGAGAAGGUUGGGUUGAACAAGAUGCAUUAGAAAUUCUUAGUGCUGUCUUAGAGUGUAUUGAAGAGACCAUUGAUAAUUUGAGAAAAUUGGAUAUAGACCCAGGUGAUGUUGUAGGAAUUGGAAUAACAAAUCAAAGGGAGACAACAAUUGUUUGGAAUUCUGAAACUGGCGAGCCUUUAUACAGUGCAAUCGUUUGGUUGGAUGUCAGAACAUCUAAGAUUAUUGAUGAUCUAAAGAAAAGUAAAGGAGCACAUAGCAUAAACUCAGUCACUCAAACAAGUGGUCUUCCAUUGUCGACGUACUUCUCAUCUGUUAAGCUGAAGUGGCUCAUACAAAACGUAGCAUUAGUAAAAGAAGCUAUCAGCAAUGGGAAAUGUAUGGCGGGAACGGUGGAUUCAUGGCUUAUAUGGAACCUUACCGGAGGCAGUCGCGGCGGAAUACAUGCAACAGAUGUUACAAAUGCAUCUCGAACUCAACUCAUGUCACUCAGAAGUCUGCAAUGGGAUAAAGGACUGUUACGUUUCUUCAGCAUACCAGAACAAAUUCUACCAAAGAUUAAAAGUUCCUCGGAAAUAUAUGGAUACAUAUCAACGGGAUCACUUCUUGGCACACCAAUCGCUGGGUGUCUAGGAGACCAACAGUCAGCAUUGGUGGGACAAAACUGCUUGAGGUUUGGUCAAGUCAAAUGUACGUACGGUACUGGCUGUUUUUUAUUGUAUAAUACAGGUGAAUCUAUCGUACAUUCCCAGAAUGGACUUCUAACUACUGUAGCAUAUAAAAUGGGACCCGACGAGCCGCCAGUGUAUGCUUUAGAAGGAUCAGUUGCCAUAGCAGGAGAUACAAUGCAGUGGUUGAAACACGGACUUGGUAUAGUAAAUGAUAUAUCAGACACAGAUGUUCUUGCCAUGGAUGUUGCUGAUAACGAGGAAGGAAGUGUCUGUUUUGUGCCAGCAUUCAAUGGCCUUUAUUCUCCACAGUGGCGCAAGGAUGCAAGAGGAAUUAUGUGCGGAAUAAGCAGUAAAACUCGCAGGGAGCACAUAGUACGUGCCGCACUGGAAGCCGUCUGUCAACAGACAUGCGCAGUUGCCGCCGCCAUGGCCGUCGACUGCGCGCCAUUGAGGCAGCUAUUGGCCGACGGGGGCAUGGCUCAGAACGUCGCCCUCAUGCAGAUGCAAGCGGAUAUACUCGGCAUUCCUGUUAUACGGCCAUUGAUGAUGGAGAGCACAGCGCUGGGUGUAGCGAUCGUGGCAGGCCGGGCAUUACGAGUGUGGCCAGCUUCUACUCCAAGUCCGCCGUCAGAUACCUUUCUACCGUCAAUAACUAAUGAGGAACGAGAAAUACGUAGAUUACGCUGGGAAAAAGCUUUGGACAAAAGUUUAGGUUGGGCACAAGAUGACAGUAAUCAACCGAUUGAGAAACAAGAUGAAAUUGACAAUGCAGCGACAGCUCUACCAUCAGGCCUCUUCUUCCUAGGCACAGCGCUAUUGGUCAUUUUAGCAGACAAAUUAAAAGUGUAGCAGAUAGUUUGUAGAUACCUUUCUCAGUAGCAGCUUAUCAUACCUCAUACAUAGUCAUGGUGAAUACAGUAUUAUUGUUAUAAAAUAGAUUGUUUAAUUGUUGUUGAAAUAAAUAAAUAGUGGAAAAUCCUUGUA